UCCAGGUUCCUGUCAGUUUCACGAGAGGUCGGAUUUACCUGAACUUCUGUCUUUUCUCCCUUGUUUUAUUCCGGUUUUAUGUCCCCCGUGUCCGUGUGCUGCGCGGCCCCGCCGGUCUGUCCCCAUGCGGGCCGCCCUGAGCGCGGCGGUGCUGCUGCUGCUGAGCGGCGUCGCGGCUCUGCACUUCACCGAGGAGCAGAUGGCUGCUGUCAGGGAGCGCAUCAAAUCCAUGUUUUACCACGCUUACAACAGUUACCUUGACAACGCCUUCCCCUACGAUGAGCUCCGCCCUCUUACCUGUGACGGACAAGACACCUGGGGCAGUUUCUCUCUCACUCUGAUCGACGCGCUGGACACUCUGCUGGUUUUGGGAAACCGAACAGAGUUUCAGCGCGUGGCGACGCUCCUCCAGGACACCGUGGACUUCGACAUCGAUGUCAAUGCAUCCGUGUUUGAAACCAACAUCAGAGUGGUGGGAGGUCUGCUGUCAGCCCACAUGCUGGCAGGGCGGGCCGGGAUGGAGCUGGAGCCUGGCUGGCCCUGCACGGGACCGCUGCUGAGGAUGGCCGAGGACGCCGCCCGGAAACUGCUGCCUGCGUUCCAGACUCCCACCGGGAUGCCGUACGGUACCGUGAACCUGCUGCAUGGCGUCAGCCCGACCGAGACUCCCGUCACCUGCACCGCUGGCGUGGGGACCUUCAUCCUGGAGUUCGCCACCCUGAGCCGACUAACGGGAGACCCAGUAUUUGAGAACGCAGCCCGCCAAGCCCUGAGGGCGCUGUGGAAGACCAGAUCUGACAUCGGACUGGUAGGAAACCACAUCGACGUCCUGUCGAAGAAGUGGGUCGCUCAGGAUGCUGGUAUUGGGGCCGGAGUCGACUCUUACUUCGAGUAUCUGGUGAAGGGAGCCAUUAUGCUCCAGGAUGAAGAGCUGCUCGGCAUGUUCAGAGCGUACGAUAGAGCCAUCCAGAACUACACCCGUUUCGAUGACUGGUACCUCUGGGUGCAGAUGCACAAAGGAACUGUCUCCAUGCCCAUUUUCCAGAGUCUGGAGGCCUUCUGGCCCGGCCUUCAGUCUCUGCUGGGGAACCUGGACAGCGCUGUGAGAACUUUCCAGAACUAUUACUCGGUGUGGAGACAGUUUGGUGGUCUGCCGGAGUUUUACAGCAUCCCUCAGGGAUACACUGUGGAUAAGCGAGAGGGAUACCCGCUCAGGCCAGAGUUGAUCGAGAGCGCCAUGUAUCUAUUCAGGGCGACAGGAGACCACACCUACCUCCAGCUGGGCCUCGACGCGCUGGAGUCCAUAGAGCGGAUCUCCAGGACGGGCUGUGGAUACGCCAGCGUCAAAGACCUGCGAGAUCACCAGCUGGACAACCGGAUGGAGUCCUUCUUCCUCGCUGAAACCAUCAAGUACCUGUACCUGCUCUUUGACCCCUCCCACUUCCUGCAUGGUGGGGGGACGGAAGGGGACGGGUCCUGGGAGGAGGGCGGUGAGGGGGGGCAGUGCGUGUUGGGGGCGGGGGGGUUCAUUUUCAACACGGAGGCUCACCCUCUAGACCCGGCGGCGCUGUACUGCUGCAGCCGCCAUUCCCAGGACCGCCAGGAGCUGGGGGACAUGCUGCUCCGCCUGUCGCAGGCGGGCAGGAAACCCGCCAGCCAAUCAAAGCAGCCCGACACACAGCCGGAGGACACGCCCCCUGGCCAGUCAGAGACUAUCGCUCUGAAGCCGGGGGAGAAGAGGACAGCCCCGGCGCUGUCCUGCCCCGUCCAGCCGUUCAGCGCGCGACUCUCCAUCCUGGGACAGGUUUUCAGCGACAACACCUGAGAGUGUUCUGGGUCACAUGGUCGCCCUCCGGCCUGAGAGAGUCACAUGGUCGCUGCACUCUGGCCUCACGGCUGUGAACAGACCUUCUCCAUCAGUCAGCCUCCACAGUGAUUCAAAACAUUCAGGAUGCUGAAACAGAUUUAAACCAACUUUGAAGGUGCUCGGGACCAAAAAGACUCAAACGACUGCAUCUUAAAUCAAACUUCAGAUAUAUUUUUAUUUAUUAAACUUGGUCCAAGACUUGA